ACUCAGAUGAAUGAUUUUACGGUAAAUCAAAAGGAUAUUAAUAACAAUAAACAACCUUUAGCAAAAUCUUUAUCACAACCAUUAUUACCAACAGAACCACCUCCUCCUAAUACUGUUAAUACUGGUAUUCGUAAUUUAGUGCGCCCACAAGCUAAUAAAGGGUUCGCACCAAAAUCAAAAAAAUACGAUUCAGAAAAUAUUCAUUCGUAUAUGAAUUACAAAGCAAAACUUCAAGAAAAAGCUAAGCGUAAGAAAGAAUAUGACCUAAUGAGGAAACAAGUAAUUAAAGAGGAGACGAAUAAAAGAUUAAAACAAUUAGAGGAAUUUAGACGAAAACAAAGGAAAGAAAAAUUGGCUCAGCUACAGGAAGCUAAGAAUCGAGAAUUAAAACUUAAUGAAAAUAUUAUAGAUGAUGAAUAUCAAGAGAUCAGGAAACAACAAAGAAGAGAAAGAAUGGCAGAGAUUGCAAGAGAAUCAAGGGAUUCUUCAAUUAAUUAUUCUCUAGAUGAGGAUAAUGAAAAUAUAGAAUAUUGGGAAAAUUUAACUCCUAGUAAUAUUGGAUGGAAAGAAUUUCUUUCAGUAUCACAAAAAAAAGAAAAUGAUAAUUCACAAUUUUAUAACUGGACUUUAAAUACCGACCAACCUGAUAAAUAUGAAGAGAAUA